GUGUGGCUCCGGUCUUCUCGAUAAGCACGAAACCCGGGGGGCAAAGGGCAAAAAAAAAAAGGGGGCCGGCCGCCCGCCCACCCGCAAAGCUGCUGCUUCCGCCGGACUCCCCCUGCCCACCUUCCUUCCUUCCCCUGCCUCCGCAGCAGCACUGCAGCUGCCUCCCAACGACAACAACGCCACACACCUCCUCCCUUCCUUCCAUCCCCGCGAUUCGUCCCUCACUCUCUCUCGUCUCGCAUCGAAUUGUCCGCGGCCGCGCCCAUGGACCCGCCGCCGCCGCCGACACGCCCCGCCGACCGCGCGGCACAAGACCAGGAUGACACCGCCCAAAGUGCACAGGGGCCCAAUUCGCGAAGGCCAAACCUUUCUUUGCAAAUACCAACCAGGACCUUGGAUAACCAUUUGCCUACUUCAACGAGGAUCAAUAUAUCCGCCAGCCCCAGCUCGACAAGAACUGGAUUGCCGCCAAGGCCUAAUUCUGCUAGACCAAAAUCAUCUAUCAAGCAGCAGAGUUUCAGGUUAAGGAGUUCAGCACAGGAAGGUGACCGGACAAUCCUCCUGCUUCCUGGGACGGGGUCGGAAGGGUUGCAAGAUAAUCCAAUUCAACCAGGAUCUUUCUCUUUUAGAAAGGUCAUUAACUCGUUAUCGGCAAAACGUACCUAUUCUUUGCCGGUCACGCCUGUUGGAACAUCUGAUAAAGCUUCGCCCCUGGGAAUUCAGAUAGUCGACCAGCCAACUGCAUCCAAACAAGAAGUUCAAGCACAAAUUAGGCGAUCGCUUUCAGUACCAGGAAAUCGCAAAAACAGGAGUUUGAGGCGCGCAGAUUCAUUAGGUGUUAUCCGUGUGAUUCCAACAACUCCACGACCUGUUCCAGCUGAUACAGUUGCACCAACUGAUGCCACUGAAGAAACAGUUGACGGUCCUGGAGAUGGAGGUGAAGAUAUUCCUGAAGAAGAGGCAGUCUGCAGAAUUUGUUUUGUUGAACUAAACGAAGGCGGGGAAACACUUAAAAUGGAGUGUAGCUGCAAAGGAGAGCUUGCCCUCGCGCACCAAGAUUGUGCUGUCAAAUGGUUUAGCAUCAAGGGUAACAAGAUAUGUGAUGUCUGCAGACAAGAGGUUAGGAAUCUGCCAGUGACUCUGUUGAGACUACCGACUCAAACUGUUACCAGGCGACUAGCAAAUGGUGCUCAGCAAAGAGCAGCUCAACAGUACAGAUUUUGGCAGGACAUUCCAAUUUUAGUGAUGGUUAGCAUGCUUGCAUACUUUUGUUUCUUGGAACAACUUCUGGUUACUGAUUUGCAGUCACGUGCGCUGGCAAUUUCAUUGCCUUUCUCAUGUGUGUUGGGUCUCCUUUCUUCCAUGAUAGCAUCCACUAUGGUGACCAAAAGCUACCUGUGGGCCUAUGCUUCCUUCCAGUUUGCUAUUGUGAUCCUUUUUGCCCAUAUCUUCUACAACGUGCUAAGAGUGAAUGCAGUCCUUGCGGUCCUACUCUCGUCGUUCACCGGGUUCGGGAUCGCUAUCAGUACGAACUCACUGCUAGUGGAGUGCAUGAGGUGGAGAUCCAGGAGGAGGAGCCAGCGGUUAGCUCAGACGCAGCCUCAGCCUACGAACGAAGAUCAGCAUCCAGGGUCCGGGAAUAACUCCGCGAGCGAGAACAGCGGUGAUAGGCAGCAACAAGGGCAGCCUCCACAAUCCGGUGUGCACAUCGUCUGAUCAGCCAGAUGAAGACGAGCGGUGAUCCGAACGUGUGAAUAGCUAGCUUUGAUCUGCGCAGUAGUCGUAGCUCGCCGGACCUCAGAAUCACAAUGGUGGCAGGAAUAGAUACACGGGAGCAGAUCUUCCUGGCCUUUGCAUCGGAGGCAACAUGCCGCCUAGAGUUUGGCCAUGGGUUAGUCUAGCAGUUUGACAUAAAAUACCUGGUUUCUCGAGUGUAAGAAUUAUAUAAGUCUGAACGUACAAAAAUCACACCAGAAAAUCAGAGUGCAGAGAUGGUUGUUGUGUUUUAGUAGUCAAGUAGUCACACAGGAUUAUAGGCAAAUGAGACAUAGUAUGGGAGAGCUCCUUAGCUUUGCUUGUGAGAAGCUUUUACAAAUUACUAGUAUUUGUCAAGAGUGAAUUUCUUUUUUCUGAAUGGGUGUGAGUGUGACACAAUUUGUCUGAAUUGGCAACCAUAUAUACGAGUGUGUAUCGCCAGAGA